AUGAAACACGGGAGCAGGGGAAGGGGAGGGCUCGAAGGAGGAGGGAAGCACGAAGAGGAAGGAGAGGGGAGAUGGUGGGCGGCGGCUGGGCGGCGCAGUGCGGAACCACGGCUGAGAGGCGACAGCGGUGGUGGUGGUUUCGCGGCGGUGAAGCAGCAAGGGAGAGGGGGGUUGGGGGUGUGCGAAAUAGAGAGGAACAGGGGAAUUGGUGGGGGUGACUUGGAGCGGAAAUACGGGAGCAGGGGAAGGGGAGGGCUCGAAGGAGGAGGGAAGCACGAAGAGGAAGGAGAGGGGAGAUGGUGGGCGGCGGCUGGGCGGCGCAGUGCGGAACCACGGCUGAGAGGCGACAGCGGUGGUGGUGGUUUCGCGGCGGUGAAGCAGCAAGGGAGAGGGGGGUUGGGGGUGUGCGAAAUAGAGAGGAACAGGGGAAUUGGUGGGGGUGACUUGGAGCGGUUCUGGGCGGCGACUAUAUAG